AUGCUCAUCUUGGGCUUCGUGAUAGCUUUGUCCUCCACGUGCGCUUUCGUAUGCAUCCCUACUCUGGGCGCCGUGAUAGCUUUUGUCAUCCUCAUCUUGGGCAUCGUGACAGCUUUCGUCUUCCUAGUCCGCUUUCGGCUUUCGUCGACAGGCGAAUUCGUCGUCUUCAUCGUACGCAUCCUCACCCUCGGCUUCGUGGUGGCCUUCGUCAUCCUCGUUCCCUUUCGGCUUUCGCGUGCUCGAUCGAUGAGUUGGGCGGAAUCUCCUACAGGUCCCUCAAAGUAUGUCGCGGCAGACGCGUGCGUCUCGGCUUGGGUCGUACGCAUCCACAUCUUGGGCUUCGUGGUGGCUUUCGUCCUCUUCAUUCGCUUUCGGCUUUCGUCGUGCUGGCGAUGGUUCCUCAAAGUAUGUCGCGGCAGAAGCGUGCCUCUCGGCGUGCCUCUCGGCAUGCUUCGCAUCAACCUUGUCCUGCAAGACAGCGAUAUUGCGUAUCAGCUUCUGGUUGCCCGGGAAAUGCGGCUGAGCAAGCUGAUACAUCUUCAGCGCGCCAACAUCCUCGCCUCUGACCUCAAAGCCAAUGACCAUCGAGUGUGCAGUGUGUAUGGAGGACCUCCUGCCCGACGAACUCAUUACGUUGUACUGCCAUUACGAACUGUGUCGGGAAAGCUCCACCAGAUGCCCUGGGAAAACUGCCUGAUCCCUUCAUCCUUCGCUCGCGGCUACGUCUUUGUCAUCGUUUCAGUAGAGCGCUCGUGUCAACCUCUUCAUCCUUUGGCAGCCAGGUCUCAGGAUGAGUUUGAAGGAAAACUCGUGGCUAUCGGGAGCAAAUCGGCGAUUGUGAAGAAAAUUUUGCCAUCUACGGCGGUGAUCGCGAUGAUGCGAGCAGCCUUGGUGUUUGUGAUCAAGCCCAGUCUCGGUCCUCCUGCCCUGUCGAAGAGAUUCGAGCUCGAGCUCACUCUAUACAUCACUCCACUCCGACCAAGACCAUUCCUCCCGAAUGACAAUGAUGUCCUCACUUAUUCAAUUCGGAAACGUGAAGUAGUCCCGCAUUUCGCAGAGGCAGAAUCGAGUAUCUUUCAGCGCAGGCUGAAGCGAGAUCUUUCCUCGCUGAGCUGCAGCUGGGCGUGGAUCGUGUCGAGGAAGUGGGGCCUCAUUCGUGACCUCGUCGUCGUCCAUAUCGACCUGCGUCGCGCAGUCGAAUGUGUAUUUUGCGGUGUUGGCAGUGCAUGCUGGAGGCUGCACGUUAUUCAAGCCGGGAUGUUAAGACGUGGAGAGAAGAGCAAGCGUACUUUGAGUCUGAGUCUGGCAACAAUGUUUUCGAGCAUGGACGACUACGCAGAGGGUGGGUGGGGUUGCGCGGGUGAGGAGCAGUGCCUGAGGCAGCCAGCUUCGAGGGAUUGUGUGGAGGCGGCGGGCUUCUCAAGCAAGCUGUUUGGCGGAAUGCCGCUCCGAAUUCUACACAAACCUCAACUCACCAUUCUGGCUUGGUUUUUCUACAAACACGAAUUCCGCAUUCCCGUUGCCGUUGCCAUCGCCGUCCUCACACCAGCCGCAAUUCACACACAUCAUGUCGAUACGAUUAUUCAUUCGUCCAAUCGAGCCCCAAAAUGUCCAAGGCUUCAGACAGCGCUCGAUAGCGAGGAACCGAGGAGGAGGCUGGAGGCUGUGAUCUGGCAUGUUCGCAGGCACGCGCAAGCACAGCAAAUCGAACUGCCGGCGAUCACCAUUGCUGUUGAGAGACUUACGAGCAACGGCGAGUUCACGAGUGCACCAAACCUUGACGUGAUGGGUGUUGGGAUCGCAGAACAGCGGCGGAGUGCAGACCUCGCGAAUGCGAAAGAGGGCUUACUUGACAACAAGGCGGCGAGGACCGCAGUGGGAAAAGCAACAGAUCAGCAGUGGAGUGGAUACCUCACGGAUGCCCAAGGUCGCUUGUUCGGCAAGGAGCGCGAUGACACGGUGGACACGGUGGACACGGAGACGGCCGUGGAGCAGACAAUGGUUACCGAUGAUGCCGCUGAGAAGGAAGACAAUCUGGCCAGGCAUCAGGCGUGGAAUGGACAGUCGCUACCGGUAAGGCGUCUGGAGUGCCGCAAGACAGGAGAACGCCGAGACGAGCGACAAUGUGGCCACGCCUCAGCAGACAAUUGCUACCGAUGCGUCGUCUGCGGCGUCGUGGGACAGGAGAAGGCCGAGAAGGAAGACAACCUGGCUGCGCCUCAAGCGCAGCAGCACAGAGAGCGAUAUCAUUACCAAUGUCUCCGGCAUUCCUCCCUCACCAGCCAGCAGCGCAUCUCCUGCUGUUACGGCGAACUGCGGCCCGAUCAUCUGCGCGAUUGGAACUUGACCAUACCAUGCCGCUUCGAGAGACUUGGUACCAGCGACAAGAGCUUGCUCAGCAUUGAAGGUUGUCCACACAGCAUCAAAAUUGAGGCGCGAACGCAUGAAGUCGUAGCGGACCUUGGACAUAUGAUUGUGCUGCGCUACCCCAAACCUCAGCCCUGUCCAUACAUCCUCUUCCUGGCACACAAGAUAACCCAUCCCAUCAUCAUCAGUCCUCGACAUCUCCAUCCUCCUCUACUGUUCUGUCCGCGCCUCCGCGCUCUUGGUCAUCAGCCCCACUCCUCUCGCGCGCUUGAUGAAAAGAUCCGCCAGUUGGAUCAAUCCCGCGAUGAUACAUUCCAUUAUCGUCAUGUUGCUCCAUGCCUCGACAUCUCCAUCAUCCUCUGCUGUUUCAUCUGCGCCCGCCAUCUCUCUACGCUCUCGAUCAUCACCUUUCCUCCUGUCACGCUCUCGACUGGUACCUCCCCUCCUCUCCCGCUCCUGACCAUCCCCCUCGCCUUCCCUCUUCUCCUCCCUCUCCGGAAAAAGCUCCACAAACUCAACCCCUACCUCCCAAUCCCUCAUCCACUCCCGAACAAUCUCAUCAACUGUAUCCAAAGUAAUCUCGCUUACCCGCAGCUUCUCAGGCACCAAACGAUUCUGCAUCAAAUUGAAAAGAUCCUCCACAAACAUCAUCUUCACCUCAUUCCUCGAAAAGCGAUAAUCGAGCGUCUAAUGUAUUCCAUCUCCAACUCCAAGUUCUCUUUGCUUUUCGCUCCUCUGAGCACCGUCUUUGAAGAUGUUGGUGUUGAUGUUGAUCCUGUCGUUUUCAUCGGAUUUGGUGGUGUUUGUACGCGAGAGGAUGGGUUUCUGACGGACAUUGCGGUGGAGCGAAAGAAAGAGCAAGGAAAUUCGGGAGAUGCUGAGAGAGCGAUUGAACACGGAUGGAUGCGAGGCAAGAUUGCCAUGUUUGGAGAGGACUUUCGGAUCCGCAAGGGCUUGUUUGAGAGAGCAAUUGUCUCAUUCUCACUCAGCUGGAUAAAGACCACUGUCCUCCGACGAGGUUCCAGAGCAUCGCAGUUCGGAGCUGCAUACUUCCGCUCGACGGUAGUGUUUCGAAAUGUCCCACAUCUUCUAUUCCGCCAGCGAGAAUUGAGGCGCUCAGCGAGCGUCGCCACUCAGAAACUAGAGCUGAAAGAUCUCAGACGCAACCUAUCCAAAUGCAGGCCAUCAACGGCAUUCAAGUUCUGGCGUGAGACUUCGGUGCAAGCGCCCGCAGAUCUCAACACUCUGCAUGAAGUGUACUCUGGUAUCGUGAGGUGGCUUAGCUUCACGCACGGCAUGUCUGACAUCUGCAUACGGGAACUGGGCUGUCCCAGGUGCGUCAAAGCAGGACGGAAGAUGUUCGUGUCUGGAACUGCUUCCCUCGGACAUUGGUUCCGCAGCAUGCAUGUCUAUCAAAACCAAGGGAAUUUGGCCAAGGCUCUCCUUUGCGUUCUCCGCGCGACGUCUUCUCUCUCUUUCAAACAUAAAGAAAGAACACACACACACCGCUACAACCUUCGCAUACAGCAGCCUGAAGCUCCUAUCUCAUCCUCACUCAAAUCAAAUGCCAGUAACCACCCGCGGCCGCUCAACUCGGACAGGCGAGAAUCAUACCAUUUCCAUGCCGGCAAAGAAGAACCAUCCACAGACUUUGCUCCUGAAAAUCAACAAUCAACUCCAACAACCCAAAAUUCCACGAAGCAGUCUGUACAAAAGAAGUCCAUCAAACUUCAAACCUCAAAUCAGCCAUCCGCAACCUCCGCUCCUGAGAAUCAACACUCGACUCCACCAACAACUCCAAAUUCACCGAAGAAGUCUCAACAAAAGAAACCCAUUAAAGUUCAAACCCCACCCCAUCCACCCUUUGCAGCCAACUCAUCUCCUCCCGAAACUCAACAACCACCCCCAUCUUCUCAACCUCAACCCCCAUCCCCUCCUCCCCCUCCCAAAAAUCCCCAAUACCAACCUCCCCCUCCCCAAACAAACUCAUCAUCUCGAAACCCCAACCCCACGAUGCUCCCCAUCCUCAUCUUCACCUUCGCAUUCACAUUCCUUCUACUGGGUUACGGAUGCGGAUAUUUAGUCGAGCCGGUGGUUCGGGUGGCUAAGGCAGAGGGGAGGGUUGAGAUGGGGGAUUGGCCGGUUUGGGAUGAGGAGAGGGGAGGGGUUCGUGAGAUGAGGAGAAGAGGGUUGGGUAGGAUGGAUAGAUGGAUAGUAAUAGGUGGGAUAGAUAGUGAUAGUAAUAGGUGGGAUGGAUGGUAA